AUGUUAUUCCUCACCAGUUCCGUUCUCCUCGCCGCAUCUGUAAGCGCGCUACCAUCGCGGAUGUUCAGAAGACAAGAUGCUGCUAUCGGUGACGACUUCAAGAUCCAAGCCGCGAACAGGAUAAUCCCCGUAGUGGUCGGCGGCCCGCAAGACACGUUCGUGCCGAACACGGUGACGGCCGCGGUGGGCGACAUCAUCCAGUUCCAGUUCAGCAACGGGAACCACACCGUGACGCAGAGCACCGACAACAACCCGUGCCAGCCGCUGCAGCUCAACGACCCGACCGCCAUUCACAGCGGCCACAUCCCCUUCGUCGACGGCCAGACCACCGUCGGCACCUUCAACAUGCCCAUCACCAAGGCCGACACCCUGUUCCUCUACUGCGCCACCGGCCCCCACUGCCAGAACGGUCAGGUCAUGGUCGUGAAUCCCGUCGACGACCAACAAAUCGUCAACUACGUCAAGGGCUCGAUGGCCACCACCAAGAGCGGCGACGGCUCCGCCGUCUCCGGCGGCACCGUCGCCUCCAUCCCCCUCGAAGCCGCCGCCUUCGUCCCCGCCCCCGUCAAAGACGCCGCUGCCGCCCCUCCCGCCGCCGCCGCCCCCCCUGCCGUGGCGGCCCCCGCGGUAGAUGCUGCUGCGCCGGCACCCACACCGGCACCAGCAGACGCAGAGGCAGUGGCCGCGGGCCCGACGCUCCUCGACACCACGGUCCAAGCUGGCGCCACCAUCACGCUCCCGCUGUUCAACGGCGUCGAUGCGGUCCCCGGGACGACGACGGUCGUGGUCACGGUGCCCCCGCCGACGGCUACGGCGUAGAGGUGAUGUGGUCGGUAACGGGUAUUGUGCGGCAAGCGGUUUGGGAAGGGAGGUGAUCUUUUUUUUUUAUCGGUAUAGGGUUAUGUGUGUAUGUAUUCAAUUCGAUAUUGGGUAGGUUGUGGUAUAGGUAUCUAGGUUAGAUGGGUAGCUAGCUCAACGUAUUAUUUUUCUUUUGAUGAACUAGGUUUAUCGGAAUGGAUGGGAAGCCAUCGUUUUACUUUUGGACAGACGCGGUGUUCUUCGUGCUUGUGAGGAUGAGAGUGUUUGUGCUUGGUUUUGCGUGCUGUGUAGAGGUGUAGAGCAUGUCUUGAUCGCGAAGCAACGCCGUGAAAUGGGUUUUUCGAUGUUCACCCUGUUUUGGGAUUCGAUACUACCUAAAAAGCGAAUUGAAUAUCUACCUAGGCUGUGUACCUAGGUAGCUAUCAGUAACAUGCUAUAAUAAGGGUUAGUUAUCACAUUAUUCUAGAUAAUGAUGUAUAAUGGAGUGUUUCUGAACUAGCCCCGUCAGAUAUGU